UUGCUCCCCUGCUCUUUCCCAGAGAAGACAAACUUUUCUCUCUCUUCUCUCUUCUGUUUGUUUCUCUCUCUAGAUUUCAGAAUGCAAGAGCCGGCGACGAGCUCCCUCCCUUCCAGCAGUGAGAGGUCCUCUAGUUCCGCUCCUCAGAUGGAAACUAAAGAAGGAAUGGAGAGUGAUGAAGAGAUCCGUAGAGUGCCGGAGUUCGGGGGGGAGAUGGCGGGUCCGUCCACUUCCGGUAGGGAGGCCGGUUCAGCAGCAGGAACGGACCGGGCUCAGGCCGCUACCCAAGCUGGACAGCGGAAGCGUGGGAGGAGCCCUGCGGACAAGGAGCACAAGCGGCUCAAAAGGUUACUGAGGAAUAGAGUGUCAGCUCAGCAGGCCAGGGAGAGGAAGAAGGCUUAUUUGAAUGAUUUGGAGGCUAAAGUUAAGGACUUGGAGAAGAAGAACUCUGAGCUGGAGGAGAGACUCUCCACUCUCCAGAACGAGAACCAGAUGCUUAGACAUAUAUUAAAAAACACAACAGUGAGUAGGAGAGGAACCAGCAGUGGUGCCUCUGGUGAAGGCUUGUAGAAUUAAAAGUCAGAGAAAAGAUUAAGUGAUGAACUUCGUCAAUUUUAGGCAGUUUAGUCAAUCUCAGUGUUUAGCAGUGUGAGGUAAUCCCCGUCACAGAUUGUUGUAGUUCUUGUUGUUUCUCUGUCAUGUACCUGUUGUGCACGUGUUCUUCUAUUCGGAGUUGAAAGAUUAAGAGAUUAUCUAUCAUGGUUUGCUGUUGUGAACUCUUUAGUAAUGUAAUAUGAUGAUUUCACUCUAAUGAGAUCUAGUGCUUUAGUGGUAA